UUUGUCGUAUGUAUACAGUUGAAAAAACAUUUCAGUUUUUAUUCUUUUAUUAUUGAUUGUGUUAAAAUGGAUAUUAUCCGAAUGUCCGAUCUAAAAAAUUAUAUAAUCGUGAUACUGUUACUAACCUGUCAAUUUAAGUGAAAUAAGUAUGAAGUCGAUUGUCAUAUGUGAUUAUUCCAGUAACAUUUUACAGCGCCACGUGUUCAGCAGAACUACUCGUCAAGGUAUCUAAAGGUUGGCAUUCGAGCAAAAAGGAAAAAGAAUGACGUAUCAUGGAACAUAAAUGCAGACUCUAAAAAAACAAAGUUCUUGUCUUCGAUCGAAGGACUGAGACAAUAUGUAAAAAACUGCAAAUUUAUAUUUAAUUAGAUAAUGAAUUAGCGAACUUAGUAAAAAUUAUAAGUAGAAUGCUUAUUGUUGGAUUCUAGAUAUAUAAUUUUUAAAACAUUUAAAGUUGCGUGUUUCGUAUAAAAAUGAAAAAGACAAGUAACAAGGGUCAAACAUACACCUCCAGUCAAGAGGAUAGCGAAAAUGACAGUGACGAAACUGAGUGUAGUAUUGGUAGUAAUUCAACGGCUGGUACUCAUCGUAGCGAUACACCUACACGCAGUGCUCGUUACAGAAGAAAAGGCAGACGUAGAAGUAAAACAGCAAAGUAUAAAUCUUGCACGGACAAACCUUUAUACAAAUACUGCUGUAGCGUGAAGGAAGAUCAUGGGCAGCCACUAUUCGGAGUACAGUUUAACCACCAUUUAAAAGAAGGUGAACCAUUAAUAUUUGCAUCCGUAGGAAGUAAUCGAGUGAGCAUUUACGAAUGUCCAGAAGGAGGUAACAUUAGAUUACGCCAAUGCUAUGCGGAUCCUGAUCCAGAAGAAAAUUUUUAUACUUGUAUUUGGACGUACGACGAUUCUGGAAAACCUUUACUAGCAGUAGCAGGAUCGCGUGGUGUUGUCAGGAUUAUUAGUCCUGUAACUAUGACUUGCAUUAAGCACUAUAUCGGACACGGUCAUGCAAUAAAUGAAUUAAAAAUUCAUCCUAAAGAUCCAAAUAUAUUGCUCUCUGCGUCGAAAGAUCAUGCACUUAGACUGUGGAAUAUAAAAACUGAUGUGUGUAUUGCAAUUUUUGGUGGAGUCGAAGGUCACAGAGAUGAAGUUUUAAGCGCUGAUUUUGAUAUGAAAGGAGAUCGUAUCAUUUCGUGCGGUAUGGACCAUGCUUUGAAGUUAUGGUCAUUGGAUAAACAAGAUAUGCAGGAGGCCAUAAAGCAAUCUUAUCAUUGCAAUCCUAGUCGUAAUGGAAGACCUUUCGAUUCCAUACUUCAGCAUUUUCCAGACUUUACUACGCGGGACGUUCAUCGUAAUUAUGUUGACUGUGUUAAGUGGUAUGGAGAUUUCAUUUUAAGUAAAUCUUGUGAAAAUUGUAUCGUGUGUUGGAAACCGGGACGUCUCGAAGAUUCUCAACUUAGAAAUGGAGAAACGAGUGCUACCGUUUUACAUAGAUUUGACUUUAAAGAAUGUGAUAUAUGGUUUAUACGAUUUUCAAUGGAUUUUUGGCAACGUACGAUAGCUCUAGGAAAUCAAGUAGGCAAGACAUAUGUAUGGGACUUGGAAGUCGAUGAACCUGGACAAGCUCGUUGUUAUUCCCUUCAGCAUCCUAGAUGUACUGUACCUAUACGUCAAACUAGUUUAAGUAGGGAUGGUUCAGUUUUAUUAUGUGUUUGUGAUGAUGCUACCGUAUGGAGAUGGAACCGUGAACAUUAGUGUUUAUAUAGUACAUGAAAUGGUGUCUUUAUUUACAGAAUAUGCUGUAUUAACCCAUUUGGUACAAACAUCCUACUUUUAUAUCGAAUGUAAACAUAUGACGCACAUCUUGUGUAAAUUAAAU